GAUGAUGCCAAGCAACCACAGCAGAGGGAACGGGAACGGACAAAGUUAUCCCCGCCAGCUGCGGCUAAAAAUAGAAUCAUUAUGAACACGAGCUUAGGCACUGUCUUCACUGGGACAGUAUUCCUUGUCUAUAGACCUCCGCCAGAAACGGAGUUUUGGAGACAGACUAUCCGAUUUCAUGGAAAGAAACUGCGGGUAGUAGUUAUAUCGCCUCAAAAUGACCAGCCGAACUUCUCAAGAGAAUGCAGAAAUCAAGAUUUCUUAUUGGCAAAGUCUUUGGAAAUGGGUGUGUUCACUCAAGAGGACACCUUUGCUAGAGAAUGGAAAACGGACAAUGAUAUAGCAUUUAAGCUGAAUUAUGCAAGACGCAGUUUUGAAAUCGAAUUUGGUUUCAGUAAAGGAAAUGGGAGUAAGACAUAUAGUUUCCGAUUGGAAACUUAUUUCAACGACGUCGAGGGUGAGUUCCAUACAGAACUCGAUACACAGAACGGUCAAUCGCGUGCGGUAACUACAAUACGAACCAAAUUUCCGCCAAAACUAUUCUUCCUGAACGAGAAACUUGAGACGAGGAAUCAAUUUGAAUGGAAUUUGAUGGAGUGUUGGAUGAGGAAGACGGCCCUCCGGAUAGGGAAGCCUAGCGACGAAGAGAUACAACAGCCGACGAUGCCUUCAUAUCCAAACGCGACAGGCGAAGAGCUUGGAAGAUGGUACGCGUACAGGAUUACGUUUAUUCUCGACCAGCAUAGAGGAGUCGACAAGCUUAAAGAGAUGUUGUUCAAAGCUGCUGAUUACAAUCUUGUACCAAGGGAUGCCAUGUUUUCCAAACACUUAAGGAUGGUUUAUGGAAGCAGCCUGAAAAAAUAUGUUGAUAGGUCAAUGCUGGACUUUGAUGUACUUUAUAUGUUGGAAUGUAAUAUUACGCAUGGUUACUUACAUGAUUACAAUCUCAAUGACGAAUUCAUGGACUUGCUUGCUCGACAAAAGAAAGAGAAAGCUCUUACCAUUUUAGAUAACUUCAAUCAGCAUAAACAGAGAAUUUAUGAUCCUCUUUCUCGCUUGAAGCUUGAAGUUGCGAGGCUUCAAGGCGGUGACAGUCGGCAAGAGACAGUACCCUCGUAUUGUGUCAUGAUGCGAAAAGUUGUUAUUACCCCUUCUAAGAUGUAUAUAUUGCCGCCGACCAUGGAAACCAGUAACAGGACCAUAAGGUACUUUAAAGACCACAAGGAACGUUUCCUAAGGGUCCAAUUCAAUGACGAAAAUGGAAAGCUUCCGUCGGCGAAUGGAGAUAACCAUGUCGCAGUCUACAAUCGGGUUCACCGUACUCUCAUGAACGGGAUUCAGAUUGGAAAUAGGAAAUACGAGUUUUUGGCCUUCUCUUCAAGCCAGCUACGAGAUCACAUUAAAUUUGAUCAACGAUUAUUCGUGGAUGGCUAUGAACAACAUCUGGAAGACGCUCGUGUUACGAAACGUGCAUAUGAUGCAGACGUACGCGGUCUAAUGAAUCAAUAUGGUGUCAUGACUGAAUACGAGGUUGUCAGCGGAUUCAUAGUCAACUCUACCAUAAAGGUGGAGCAAAAGAAGCCACGUGAUACACAGAGAGCGGUCAGUGAAGCGAUGAACGGUAUUCGACGUAAUUACCGUAAAAAAUUUGAGAACGACAUCUUUGCCGAAUAUUCUGUAAAAUCAGCAGCCGAGGCUAAAAUCCAUGUGGGUAUGAAGAGCAAACUGGAAGCCAAGGCCUAUGCUUGGUAUUAUGUUGCGUAUCAUCCAAGCGAGAGAGGGGAUGACCCUGCUGAUAAUAUGAUUUCCUUCCCGUGGACGGUUGACGAUCACCUGUGUGACAUAGCUAUCCGUAACUCUGGCCGUGUUAAAUAUAAAGCCUUAGAAGGCGGAUCUCGAUCAACUACGAGUACGUCGUAUCAGCGACCAUCAUCAGCAAGCUCACAAGUAGAAAGAAUAGCGAGGCAAGAACCAGCUAGUGAUGAUGGUGGAAUAUCUAGAAUUCGGAUGUCCUUGCAACGGAACGGAAUCUAG